AUGGUUUAUCGCUCUCUCUGUGUUCCAGUGGAGUAUAUCCUUCUAAAAUUUUAUUGCUCACUUUUCAUUUAUUCACUUCUUGGAUUUGUGUUGAAUAGCCGCCUUCCCACAAACACCCCUCAGGCGGUUGUGCUGAUGCCAAUCUUGUGCGAUUGCCUAGGGCCCCUCGCAUCGUAUUUUCCUCACACAAACUUUACGCGCGUGCAAGAGCGAGUUAUACCAGCAAUAAUUCAGAACGAUUUUAACGUUGUGGUUGCUGCCCCCACAGGGAGCGGAAAGACAGCGUUGCUGGAGGCGGCAAUGCUUCGACUGUUCAAGGACCGUUUAACACUGAACACAGUGGGUUCCGAUGCGGCGCUUCCCCCAAAUGCUGAUGAUGAGGUUGAUGCCGCUUCCGGGAACAAGGAAUAUGCAAAUAGCCCUACGAAUAGAAAGGCAGUGUACAUAUGCCCAAUGAAGGCCCUCGCAUUUGAAAAGUACACGCAGUGGCGCGAGCGGUUCCCCGCGCUUUCAGUUGUAAUGGAGACGGGGGAUCAGGAAGCCAUGCGAACGGUUGAUGCAAUUAUGGAUGAAGUGUUCCAAACGGAUAUCAUCAUCACAACGCCUGAGCGCUGGGACGGCAUUACACGGCGAUGGAAAGAAGGUGUUGUGUGGAACCUUGUGGCCUCCGUAGCACUUUUGAUGCUAGACGAGGUUCACACUGUCAGUGAGGAGCGCGGCGCAGCGUUGGAGGCAGUAGUGAGUCGCAUGAAGGCAAUAAAAUUAUCUAUGACGACCCGCGGGCCGCAGGUUUGUCGAACCCGUUUUGUUGCCAUCAGCGGAACUCUCCCCAAUAUUGAAGAUUUCGCUGAGUGGCUUCAGGUUCCCCCUGCAGGGGUAUUUUCGUUUACAUCAGCAGACCGCCCUCUGCCACUAACACUGCGGGUGGUGUCGUAUCCCAGCACUUCAAGCAAUCCCUUCGCGUUCGACCGUUUCCUCACCCUCAAACUGUUUGGAUUGAUUCGGCGGUACAGCGAGGGCCGUCCGACACUGGUGUUUUGCGCGUCACGCGGAGAAACCAUGAAUUCCGCGAGGCGUAUUACGGAAGAACUGAACGAGGCGGCAGCACGGGAAGGUUGCGAACGGCAGUUGUGCGCCAGUGAGGAGGUCCAGCGAUUGGCAUCCUCCGCAAAUGAUAAACAGCUGCGAACGAUGCUUCUGCUGGGUAUCGCAUACCACCACGCCGCCAUGACAGCAAAUGACAGGACCCUCGUGGAGCGCAUGUUCAUGGGGCACUACGUUUCAGUCAUCUGCACAACUACAACCCUGGCACUGGGCGUCAACCUUCCCGCACACCUUGUGAUCGUCAAGGGCACAACGUUCUUCAAGAAUGGUAACCGUGACGACCUUCCCCUUUCGGAAAUUGCACAAAUGAGCGGUCGCGCUGGACGACCAGGACUCGACACGCACGGCGUCGCACUUGUGCUCACAACGGAUGACAAGGCGUACCUGUACAAACCAUUGCAACACGGAGACACGUGCACAACCGUAGAGAGUCGCCUGCACCAGAACAUGAUUGAACAUGUGAAUGCAGAGGUGGCCCUGCGAACUAUUCACAACUUAUCACUUGGUGUGGAGUGGAUCAAAACAACUUUUUUUUGGAUCCGGCUUCGACGCUGCCCACGCCGCUACGGCAUUAUUUUCUCUACCAAACAAGAGGAAGACGAUUUUGACCGAGAACAGUUCGCGGAUCAACUGAUGCGGAGGAUGUUAGCCGAACUUGAAAAACAAGGCUGUGUCGCGAUCGGCCGCGAUGCACUAAAGGCAGGGGAUGUCAUUUUGAAUGAGUCAGCUACACAAACCCUCCAGGACAGGUCACCCAGCAGCACCGGCUGCCGUGAUGUAAGCGAUGUGAAUUGCGCCGUAGAGAGUACUCGCGUAGGACGCGCCAUGGCACGUCGGUAUAUUCUCUUCAAAACGGUUGAAACACUCAACAGAGAGUUACUGCACCGGUUUUCCCAUCAGAGCGGUCGGCAGGGAGCACCUCAAAUAAUGGGCGCGGCAAUGGCAGAGGAGGAAGGGCAAAUUCAACAAAAAACAGGUGAGUCCUUCACUCUGCACCAAGUCCUCCGUGUUUUUUGCCACUCCAGCGAAUUUGACGGUCUUCGACUGCGGCAAGGGGAUAAGAAGCACCUUAACGAGCUCAACAAAGUUAUCCGAUUCCCGCUCAACUGUGGAAUGCGCGGCGGGCGUGAGGUGAGGGAAGAUUGGCACAAAGUGUAUGUGCUCAUCCAGGCCCAUCUUGAUCGAGUGGCGGUAUCGGAUUUUUCGCUCAGGAACGAUUGCGUGCGCCUGUGGACGGUAGCCCCACGCGUCGCUCGCUUUGUCGUCGACUACGCCACAACCCAUCCAUGCUUUUCCCUCAUCCAACAGAGCUCACUUCUUUGCAGGUGUAUUGAACAGGGCACUUGGUGGGAUGGACUCAUCAUUAAGCAAAUUGAGGGAAUUGGUGAAAACAUGGCGAAGGCGCUCCAUGAAGGUGGAAUAAAGAACUUUUCUGACGUGCUGCAAGCCAACCCAAGAAAGUUGGAGGCUCUAUGCGGUAAGAAUCCCCCAUUCGGGACAGAUCUCCAGGAAAAGUGCCACUCGCGUCCAAUGUACAACUUAGCGCUUGAGCAUGUUACGGAAGCCGGCACCGUGCGUGUCGUAGUCUCCUAUAAGGCGGGCGUCUCCACACGAAGAGAUCCUCCACUAGAGCAGUGCCAUAUGAUACUGCUUGUUGGGGAUCUCGAACUUGAUCGUACACACCUUCUUCGUCAGAUCGAUUGCAGGACCGCCAAUCGGAGGCCGCUCGUUUUCACCUUCCAGGUUUCCCCCGGGUAUCGGGGACAAAUUAUGGGGAGCCUCACCAACGGGAACUUUCUCGGGAACGACUGCAACGCCACACUGAAGGUGGGCGGCGUCGAAGCGGGCGAUUCGGUAAAGCUGCAAACAGCGACCGGAUUCGCGCAGCAGCCAAAGCAUCGAACCACUGCGGAAAAAAUGCAAGGCACCCUGAAGAAGACGCCAGACGACGUGAAGGUUACCGAUCGGAACGCCGACCGCGACAGCAUAAAUGAGCCCGUGCCACACAACCGGCGAUCAACCGAACCCUUCGUCACGACACCGCAUCAAGUGAGAGGGGACACGAGUGUUAUUGCCGAUCAGUGCGCUUCGGAUCUUGAAGGAGGGGAGAUUGGCACAACCAGUGCUGAACGGGGGGCUCAUUCGGCCGCUGUCGGCUGCGAUGACGAGGCAACUGUCGUCAAGACGAAAAUGGCGGACUCGGAAAGCAGUAGGCGACGGGAUACUGAAGCUGGUCAAACGGACGAGGCAUUCAAGUAUUUGUUAGAGCGGAAGGCUCAGAUAGCGUCUUCCAUGGGAAUCAGGGUAGUGUCAUCUCCAUUUGGCUACAAGAGACGUCGGGAGAACAAAGAAAACGGAUCUGGUGACUCACCAGAAACACGGUGGAGCCCACAAAUAUCGUGCAAGGAAGGGGACGACAUGCUGCUUGGUGGAAUGGAAGUCGUCCUUCCCAAAACCCUGUCGCCUCCUCCAAACCCCGUAACAGAUGUUGGACGUGGCGGCGCGCGCCCAUCAAAACGGUUUCGUUUUAAUGUACAAGGCGUUUCCCCUUAUACAACGGUUGGAAGGCACGCCCAUUACCAAGGAUGCUAUGGGGAUACACGCGCAGCAGCGACACAUCCCAUAGUUAACACAAUAGAGUCUGGUGUCUCGCCACUCUUUCCUCACACAACGCCUCCUGCUACGUAUUCCACUGGCCAUCCCACUUUUCAGCGGAGCAUUUUUGAAUGUCCACACGCCAGCACCCCUCCGCACCGCACGGGAGUCGUGCACCAACUUCGGGUGACAACAAAUGCUGCCACUUCCGGCCGCCAGUUGUCACACGUCGGCGUUGAUGCCUAUCGCCAAAGCACUUUCUCAAAAGCCGAGUGCUUCGCCCCCUUCACGUGGGGCCCGCGGUGUGUCGCAAAUGCGUCCGGGGCAUUUGCUCAUGGCAGCGCACCUCAGUUGCCGCUUGGAGGGAGCGUGGCAUGUUUUGGGGAAGUGCCGCGAGCUGAACCCUCGCCACUCCGGAGGGCACGUCCCACAGAGUUUGGAGGAUAUACAUCACAUAACGGAGUCGUUGAUCCAUCCAUUAGGAGAGGUGUUGUCCGCCACACUACGGUACACAGAGGAUGGUGGUAA